AUGAUCGAGGCCCACAGUCCCAAGAAGCCGGUGAACGAGCCCCACAAUCCCGAGAAGCCCGUGAAGGAGCCCCGCAAUCCCGAGAAGCCCGUGAAGGAGCCCCACAAUCCCGAGAAGCCCGUGAAGGAGCCCCACAAUCCCGAGAAGCCCGUGAAGGAGCCCCACAAUCCCGAGAAGCCCGUGAACGAGGCCCACAAUCCCGAGAAGCCCGUGAACGAGGCCCGUGAUGAGAUGCCGAAGGAUUCCGUGCUCAAGACCCAUCAGUUUGAAGGUGGUGGUACUGAUGUGUCCCAGGCUUCCCAACGGACAAGUGCACCUAUGCCAGCAGAUACGAACCGAGCCACGUUGAACCGCUUGCCCGAGCCGUGUGAUCAUGACGAGCACUUGCCACAGACCCUCAUGGACUACAUGUUCCGGCAGGGUGUGGACACUGUCGGCAAGAUGAAAGACAUUGACAGAGCUGCACAGGUGAUACGAUGGACUCGGGCGAUCGGCCAGCGGGAUGCAACUUUCAGCUGUGAUCAGCAGCAUGGAUAUAUGGCUCAGGUGCUGCAUGAGUUUGCGACAAAGCUCAAGAAGCAGCAGGCUAUCCUCCAGAAGGCCACCACUGACUACGAGAAGUACAUGCAAGUUAUUUUGGGGUUGGGCGACAAGAAGCGAGCCGAACUCGACAAGUCUGAGACCGAUCUCAAGAAGCUUGGAGCCGGGCUAGACAAGAUCAGCAGCUGGGUGGAAGGGAAGCUUCGGGAGAGACAGGGCAUGGUCACCUCAGAACAGGAGAAGACAAUGGUGGUUCAGCUGAGCUUCGCUUCGGCCCUGGAAAGCAUUUUGGAUGCCGUGAACCAAGAAUGCGAGGAUCGCUUGGCAGCUGUCGAUGAUUCUGUUACCCUGGACCUCGAAUCCGAACUGCAGGCAAUGAUGCUGGAAGCCCAGGGCGCCGACGAAGCAGCUGGACAUGCGACCCCACCUCGGGAUCCGGAGGGCGGCAAGCCGUUGCUGGCCGUGAAGGACAAGCAGAGCGAGCCCGACACAUCCCUUGCAGACUUGGACCACCCGAAGCAGACUGAGCCUCCUGCAGCCGUUGCAGAGAUGGAUGCGAGGGAGGCCAAGAGACUGCAGCACAAUGCUCGGGUGACAUUCGAUCGCAGGAUCAAGGGUGCUGACUGUCCCCCUCAGAUCCUCGAGAAAAUCCAGUCCUUCCAGGGCCAGCCGAGUCUCAUGUCGGAGAAGACGAAGGAGGGCUUCAACGACCAGUUGGAAGCCAAGAGGGCAGAGUUCGAUUCACUCAAGGGCAAGAUGGAGGCCCUCUACAGCAGCUGCAGCAAUGUGCAGGACAAGGACCUGUCGACGGAGCAGCAAGCGGACAUAGCGACCUACUUGCAGCAGGCUGAGACAUUGUCAACAGAUCUCGUUGGCUCUUUGAGGCCAAUGAAAAUGACAUUGGAACCUUGGAUUAUUCCGAUUUGUAUUAUAUCCCAAUUCCUGGACCACUUCACCUCAAGCCCUCAGCCUAUGUAG